UUUUACUACUACAGGAUGGAGGAUGAGGCGGUGUUGGACCGAGGGGCGUCCUUAGUCAAGCACAAAUGUGACGAGGAGGAAGUAGAAGGUCACCACACCAUUUACAUCGGCGUGAGGGUGCCCAAGAGCUAUCGACGUCGGAGGCGUCACCGUCGGAGAACCAGCCACAAGGACAGAAAGGAGAGGUUGACGGAGAACGCCUCUGACAAGUCGGACACAGAAAACAAUGAUGAGGCCAGCAACAGCAUCCUCAAACCUCUCAUCUCACCAGCAGCCGAGAGGAUCCGUUUCAUUCUUGGGGAGGAGGAUGACGGCCCGGCGCCCCCGCAACUCUUCACUGAGCUGGAUGAGCUGCUGUCGGUGGAUGGGCAGGAGAUGGAGUGGAAGGAAACGGCCAGGUGGAUCAAGUUUGAGGAGAAGGUAGAGAAAGGUGGUGAACGCUGGAGUAAACCUCACGUGGCCACGCUGUCCUUACACAGCCUGUUUGAACUGCGGACAUGCAUAGAGAAAGGCACCAUCAUGCUGGACAUGGAGGCUUCCACUCUGCCUCAGGUUGUCGAGAUGAUCACCGACAACCAGAUAGAGUGCGGCCAGCUGAAGGCGGAACUGAAGGACAAGGUGAUGUACACGUUGCUACGGAAACAUCGUCACCAAACCAAGAAGUCCAACCUGCGUUCCCUUGCUGACAUCGGCAAGACGGUCUCCAGUGCAAGUAGGCUGUUUUCCAACCAGGAGAACGGUAAUACUGAUGCCACCCGUAGUCCUCUUGAGAACUCUGUAACUUGCCUGUCGGCUCGCAUCUCAAUGGAGGACUUGCAGACCCAAAGGAGUACCAGCAUGGACUGGCUUAAUAGUCCCACCACCACUCACCGGAACCUGACGUCCAGCAGCAUGAACGACAUUUCAGACAAACCGGAAAAAGACCAGCUGAGGAACAAGUUCAUGAAGAAGUUGCCCAGAGACGCCGAAGCCUCCAACGUGCUGGUGGGGGAGGUGGACUUCCUAGAUGCACCGUUUGUGGCAUUUGUUCGUCUGCAGCAAGCUGUGAUGCUGGGAGCCUUAACAGAAGUCCCUGUUCCCACAAGAUUUUUGUUCAUCCUGCUUGGACCCAAAGGCAAAGCCAAGUCGUACCAUGAGAUCGGCCGAGCCAUCGCCACGCUGAUGUCAGACGAGGUCUUCCACGACAUUGCGUAUAAGGCGAAGGACAGACAGGACCUGCUGGCUGGUAUCGAUGAGUUCCUGGAUGAGGUGAUUGUGCUUCCUCCUGGAGAAUGGGACCCCACUAUCAGGAUAGAGCCUCCAAAAUCUCUCCCGUCUUCUGAUAAAAGGAAAAACAUGUAUGCAGGAGGAGAAUCUCAGAUGAACGGAGAUAUGCCUCAUGAUGGAGGUCACGGAGGAGGGGGGCACGGUGGAGGGGAAGAGCUGCAGAGGACUGGAAGGUUUUGCGGAGGUCUCAUACUUGACAUCAAAAGAAAAUUGCCUUUCUUCUUCAGUGACUUCACCGAUGCAUUUCACAUUCAGGCCCUGUCGGCCAUUUUGUUCAUUUACCUGGGAACUGUGACAAACGCCAUCACCUUCGGUGGACUGCUGGGCGACGCAACUGAAAACAUGCAGGGUGUGUUGGAGAGUUUUCUGGGCACGGCCAUCGCUGGUGGACUCUUCUGUCUGCUGGGAGGCCAGCCGCUCACCAUCCUCAGCAGUACAGGCCCUGUUCUGGUGUUUGAACGGCUGCUCUUCAACUUCAGCAAAGAUAAUGAAUUUGACUACAUGGAGUUCCGGCUGUGGAUCGGCUUGUGGUCGGCGUUCUUCUGCCUAGCGCUUGUAGCCACAGACGCCAGCUUCUUGGUGCAGUACUUUACCCGCUUCACCGAGGAAGGCUUCUCCUGUCUCAUCAGCUUCAUUUUCAUCUACGAUGCCUUCAAGAAGAUGAUCAAGUUAGCUCACCACUACCCCAUCAACGCUGCGUUUAGUGCGGAUUAUGUGACACAGUAUGACUGCCUCUGCAUGGCUCCCGCUGUUCUAGAGAACAGUACAGACAUCAUUGGUGAUCCUUUAGAAGGUUCUUCAGUUUGGUACUGGAACAACACUGAUCUGCCAAUGAAUGCCACCUGGUCAUCCCUCUCGAAAACUGAGUGCUUAAAGUACAAUGGAGAGCUGGUUGGGAAAGCUUGUGACUUUGUCCCCGACGUCACCCUCAUGUCCUUCAUCCUGUUCUUCGGCACUUACACCUGCUCCAUGGGUCUGAAGAAGUUCAAGACCAGCCCUUUCUUCCCCACCACUGUGAGGAAACUCAUCAGUGACUUUGCCAUCAUCCUGGCCAUCCUCAUCUUCUGCGGAGUUGAUAUGCUCGUCGGUGUCGAUACUCCUAAACUCAUUGUGCCAACUGAAUUCAAGCCAACAAGUCCUAAACGGGGUUGGUUUGUGCCCCCGUUCGGAGGAAACCCCUGGUGGGUUUACCUGGCGUCAGCGCUUCCUGCCCUGCUGGUCACCAUCCUGCUCUUCAUGGAUCAACAGAUUACCGCUGUGAUUGUCAACAGGAAGGAGCACAAGCUGAAGAAAGGGGCAGGUUACCAUCUGGAUCUGUUCUGGGUGGCUGUCCUGAUGAUAGUUUGCUCCUUCAUGGGUCUUCCGUGGUACGUGGCCGCCACCGUCAUCUCCAUCGCUCACAUCGACAGUCUGAAAAUGGAAACUGAAACUUCGGCUCCCGGAGAGCAACCAAAGUUCCUGGGUGUGAGAGAGCAGAGGGUCACUGGUGUGUGUGUGUUCAUCCUGACUGGGCUUUCUGUAUUCAUGGCUCCUAUUUUAAAGUUCAUCCCCAUGCCUGUGCUGUAUGGAGUCUUCCUGUACAUGGGAGUUGCCUCUCUCAAUGGAGUACAGUUUAUGGAUCGUCUGAAGCUGCUUCUGAUGCCAGCGAAACAUCAGCCGGACCUCGUGUACCUGAGACACGUUCCCCUCAGGAAGGUCCACCUCUUCACCUUCAUCCAGAUCCUUUGCUUGGCUAUGCUCUGGAUCCUCAAGUCCACUGUGGCUGCCAUUAUUUUCCCUGUGAUGAUUCUUGCUUUGGUCGCCGUCAGAAAGGCGAUGGACUACAUGUUCUCCCAGCACGAUCUCAGCUUCCUGGAUGACAUCAUCCCGGAGAAGGACAAGAAGAAGAAGGAGGAUGAGAAGAAGAAGAAAAAAGGAAGCAUAGACAGCGACGCUGAAGACUCCGACUACCCUUACAAUGAGAAUGCUCCCAGCAUUAAAAUCCCCAUGGACAUGAUGGAGCAGGAGCCUUUCUUAGGUGAUAAGGCCUCUGACAGAGAGAAGUCCCCUUCAUUCCUUGAGCGACACACGUCGUGCUGA